GGCUCGAAUCGGGGGGUGGCACUCGCCCACACCACCGGUAGUCCGCAGAAUUUAUAGCAAAAUUUUUCCCAAGCAGCACUAGACUGCAACACUCAUCGACCUUUCUCACGACGCAAAUAGCCCAAUAGCUGACAAGAGUGAGCCAGUGAGUUGAGAAUUAUAAGAUCCAUGACCCAAAGGCAUCUUUCUACCCAUGAUCGAAGUUUCUAGUAUAUAUUCCGCUGGGAGAGUAAAACAGAUGGCACUCCCGAGCCUUUCUAGAGCCUUCCCGAUCUCUUCCCCUCCCUAUCUUCACCGGCCCUGCGCCGUCCCGGUGCUCCGCCGCCGCGCUUCCUUGGUCGGAGCGCUUUGGGUGCUGAGCGUCGGCACCGUCGCCGCGCUCGCCUACAGGACGGGGUGUGCUCAGUCCCACCGCCGCUUCUUCCCUUUCCUCCGGUCAAAAUUUGUUAGUCAAACAACUGCAAGAAAUCUUCACGCUACACGAAUGGAGGCUGCAUCUACCACAGUACCUGCUAUUGUUGUUUAUGUUACUGUUCCAAACAAACAAGCAGGCAAGAAGCUUGCUGAGAGCAUCAUUAAGGAACAGCUUGCAGCAUGUGUGAAUCGAGUCCCAGGCAUUGAGUCUGUUUAUUGGUGGGAUGGUAAGGUUCAAAUAGAUUCUGAGGAAUUACUCAUAAUCAAGACAAGGGAAUCCCUUCUGAAUGCCUUGACAGACCAUGUUAAAGCCAACCAUGAAUACGAGGUUCCUGAAGUGAUUGCUUUGCCCAUCACUGGUGGCAACCUCAAGUACCUUGAAUGGAUCAAGAACAGUACUAGAGAAAAUUGACCCAAGGUUGAGAGAUGCGGUGCAAAUCUGUGAAGAUCUUUUUAAGUGCACUGCAGUUAUAGUAAUGGAGACUGCAUGUUAGGACACUGUAAACAAGUAAACAGCUAAAUAAUGGAGACUUGCGUGUGGAUAUAUGCCUGAUCCUCCGUGUGCGCGUGUAUACUUCGCAGGGGAAGGAACUAGUUGUCCUUGAAUGAUGAACAAAUGAAAUCCCCUUAAUGCAUUAUUAUUAUACAUAUUUCCUGGUGGCUAGUGCAUGUAUCAUUUUCUUUUUAUCAACCA